AUGAAUCUCCACAACUAGAUAUUGAAUCGAUACUACUUCAAAUUAGUGUAAGUGUCAUAGAGCAAUAGGAAGGCAAACAAAAAGGAGGACAACGAUAUGAACAUAAUCCAAAAGAGGGAUAUCUUGGUAAAUAUUGUGAAUAGUUCAAACACUAUCAAUAUGCUGGCUGAUACAAAUAGCACUGCUCCAGAAUAUGUUAUCUUUCUUCUAACAGUUGAGGACCUAUUUAAAAACUUUAACUUACUUGCAAAAUUAACAAAGAGCAGCAAUCCAAUUUAGGAAUUGCCAAAUGCAACAAGGCAGCCACAAACAGAAGCAAAUGAUAAUGUGAAUACAAUAAACACUAACCAAUUGGUUGGAGACAAGCCAGAGUGGCUGUUCCUACACAAAUUCCUAGACUUAACCAAAAUAUCCAUCGAUAUUAUUCUAGGAAAUUGUCUAAUGCAGGAAUAGAAUGCACAAUCCAGACAUAGACACCUAAAAGGGAAGUUGUAAUUGAAAUGCUUACAGAUAAUGAUCAUCUACAAGAAUAAUUUGGAAAACAGGUUUCUAGCAUAAAUCACUCUGCCAUUAAAAGAUUAAUCGUAGGCAUUGACUACUUCUGUGGUUUGUGCUUGUUUAUUCCUUGUGGAAAGACGAGGAUCUCCAGUUCGAAUAGAACUUUCAAAUAACAUAAUAAAUUAACAAUAAUUAUUGUAUAAAAUAAUUGAGUAGUUAUAUAAAUCAAAUACAUUUAGAUAUGACAUAAACUGA